AUGGAUAUGAAACAAGUCGCCUCUAAAGUGCAGACACUUGCAGCGUUGCGCCAUUUUGUUGCUGCGUUUGACGCUGUACAUGUGGCUUCCAAACUGACACAACUCUGCGUCACGGCGGACGCGGUGGUGGACGUCGCUAGCCACGAGACGCUAUUUCUCAUUCAGCAAAAACAGUAUUCGUUGCACCGCCAGCGAACGCUUCUGGACGGACGCAAUCAGCUACCGGUCGCAACAUUGCGACUCAGUAUGUUUAACAGAAUGCCAACGUACUCGGCGUACCCACGGACGGAGCACGAGGAGACGCCGUGCUUGUUCAAAUUCACAGCCGAUGAUAAGACAGUGCGCUCCGAGUUCACGGAUCUCGUAGGUGGUGAGCAUUGCACAAUCGGCUGUGACCCACCCAAAGACGGCAGUGACUCGCUCAACUUUUGGCUCGUACGUGGCUCAGGUGAGGCGGCUGACGUGCAGCAGACUAUCGCCCAGCUCACUUACAUGCACACCAAGAACAAAGCGGAGCAGAGCAUCGUGCUGAACGUGGCCCCAGGUGUGGACCAAAUGAUGAUGAUCCUUAUUUGCAUCGGUCUGCUGGACGAGGGCGACGAGGGAGAUGAGGACGAGAACACACAGGAGUAG